AUGGUUCAGCCUAAAUGGGAACUGAAAAAGAAUCUGAUAAGUCUACAGCAAGGUAACACAGAACAUAAGUUUCAACAAAUUCGUAACGGAAAUGAAACAUCUCAGUUGAGACAAGAAUCCUAUAGCGAAGUUCUCCAGCCGGGUCCAUGUUCUGUACUGUACUGUACCAUGGAAACAAUAGUCAAUUGCACUGGAAUGUCACUGGUAAAUGUCAGUCCCAAUUGGUUUCCACACAAUACCACUAUACUUUUACUCGAUAAAAAUAGCAUAGAAACUGUGGAUAACAGAAGCUUUUCUUUUCUGACACGACUUCGUGUUCUCGAUUUAUCAAACAACAAUAUAAGACAUAUACAGGAAAACGCUUUUAAGGAAUUGAUAAACCUGGAAAUUCUCAAUCUUGAGUACAAUCAUCUCAGCGAACGCUCAUUUCCUCCUGGAAUAUUUGAUCCUCUUCGUCAGGUAAAUUCGCUACUUGUCAAGAAGAAUAAAUUAAAAUACGGUCAACCAGGAAAUUUAUUUAGGAAACUUGAUAACUUAACAUUUUUAACCGUGGACGCUGUAGGUGAGAUUUUUAGUUUAGACAAAAUGUUCACACAUUUGACCAAGUUAGUAUUGACUGGAAAUGUGAAAGUUUUUGAUCAUUCAAGUUUUAGAAAUGUUCCUCACACAAGAGAACUCGUAAUUAAUGAUCUUAAUUCUAUUUCUAAUUUUACAGACACUGCCCUUGAACCACUUCAAAAUUUAGAUAUUCUUAGAGUCAACAGAGUGUACAUUGGUAUUGAAAAAUCUCUUCAGAUUCUGAAACCGCUAACAGGCACAAAUAUGACAUCGAUAUCUUUCUCGCGAGUGUAUGUCAAUCCACAUGAUAAAGCUUUAAGCAUUUACGACAACCAGGGAAUACUUAACGCUGAGAAAACGCAAUAUUUAUUGCACAUAUGCGUGGAGCACUUCUCCUUAACCGAAAGUAAUGUAUAUGUCAUACAAAUGAACACAUUUACUAGUGACGUUUUUAAAACGUGUUUACGAAGUCUCGACUUAUCAUCUAACAGACUUCUCGGCAGUAGGUAUGCUUUUUCUAUUUUCCUAUACUUUUAUAAUAUUGAGAUAAUAAAUCUAGAGAAUGACCAUGCAGGUUGUUAUGUUAAAGAUUCAUUGUCGACAAACAGUAGACAACAAGACGUUUCAUUCUCUUCGUUCACGACACAAACUGCAAGCUGUUAUUCUUACGAAUCAACCGAAUCCGCGACUGCUUCUAGUAAGACAAAAGUGGAUGAAGCUUUAAUCGCACAUAUGUUGCGUCACCGGGACAGCUUUGAGGAGAUUCUUUCUGAAGAAAAUAUGAGGUAUCCCCAAAUUCCGUUUGAUGACGAUAUUAACUCUCAGUGCCCAUCUGCUAUACUACCAGAGGAAAACAAUUUACUUGGCUACCUCCGACUUUACAUGUCAAAAUCAGUGACAUAUUUUAAAGGAAAAGGGUUAAUCUCAGAGGGCACUUUAAACGUCAAUACUAUAUUUGUGGGUGGAAGCGGACUGCGUUAUAUAGACAUUAGAGAUUGCGGUAUGAAAGAUUUUGUUGGAAAUAUCAUUGGUUUUAAUCGGUUGCAGAUAAUUUUGUUGUCUGGAAAUGAUGUUUCAAAUUUAUCGGAAACAUUUUUUGAUGGAAUGUGCCAUAUUACUGAACUCGAUUUAUCCAACUCUCAUCUGGAUGUCAACUUUAUGUCCAAUCAGAGUGCUAGACUCUUCCAGAAACUGCUCGACCUAAGGCGAGUGGACCUUUCAUAUAACCUUUUGAACCAUUUUAAAACGGGUACAUUUGAGUCAAAUAAGCAAAUUGAACACAUAGAUUUGUCUAGAAAUAGAUUUAGAAAUGUCCCGUUUAAUUUAGGACACACUCCAAAACUCCGAACGCUGGAUCUGCGUGAAAAUUCGUUGACAACAUUGGAAUCGCAUGAAAUAGAUCACAUAGACAGCCUAGCCACACACUCAGUAGGGUUUAAACUGCUUAUAGCAGGAAACAUUUUCUCGUGUGGAUGUAACAACCUCAGAUUCUUAAUUUGGUUGCAGACUACAAGUGUUAACCUGGACGAUGGUGGACAAUUCACUUGCUUAAGCGACGAUGGUCAACUGUCAUAUAUUACUGAUGACAUAGACACACUGUGGCGCAAAUGUUGGGGUGGAACAUUUUUAUCCCUUUCUUUAAUUCUCCUGUGUUGCAUUGCUGUUGGGUUUCUUGCACUUUUUUGCGUGUGGAAAAACAAAACGUUCAUCAGGUCAAAGAUUCUGCAGAUAGUGACUGGAUACAAGCUGAAGACACCAGAUGAUUACCCUACCGGGGUCUACAUAGGGUAUUCAGAGAACGACUACAACUUUCCAUGUUUUGUUCUAAGAAAAUUUAUAGAAAAAGAGUUGAAUCUCACCACUUAUGUAUACAAUCGUGAUAACGACCCACGUUCUGACAGGGCCAGUAGUAUUGUAGAUGCUAUAAAUGGUUGUUGGAGGAUAAUUCUUGUAGCCACUGAUAACUUUCUCCGUGAGGACGAAUGGGCCAUGUUUACAACAAGAACUGCCAUAUAUGGACUGUCUCCGGCCAAUCCUGCCCGUGUGGUGGUGUUAGUUCAUGAAGACUCACAGUACAGCCUUCCUCCAGAGGUUCUAAGUUCAGUUCCUGAGGAGAACAUUCUCGUAUUGUCUUCAUGGACAAUCUCUGGUGACUUGCAUAGGAAACUUAGAACCUGUCUUAAUGAACUUUGA